AUGAGGAUGCAAUUAAGCUGUCUGCUGCUCCUCGUGUCUGUCAUGGUUGCGUUUCUAUCAUGUGACUGCGAUGCUGGGACUACUCGAGAGGUCAGGGGAGCAGCGCUCUCCAAUGAUAAUAAGCUACUGCGGGAAGAAAGUAGUCCCGCUGUGGUUGCAGCUUCAUACAAUGAUGAAGAGCGGAUGGGGCUGAAGGAAGCAUUUCUGUGGUUCUGGAACGCUGUGAAGAUUAAAGCCAAGAUGAAGUUCUGGCUGUUCCGUGGUACAACGCCGGAAGAAGUUCUCGAAAAAUUAAAGGUGGCAAGCAACACUGACAAGAACUACAAGUACUACUCCAAAUACUUCUUCAAAUACUAUGUCAAGUAUCCUGGAAGGCAGCCACCGAAUCUAUCCACAAAAACUGCUGAUGGGAUCAUGCAAGCACGACUACAUGACUGGCUGGAGAAAAAACUCACCCCUCCGCAAGUCUUCAAGGAAAUGGGUUUUACGGGAACGUUUGCCUCGGCUAGUAAAGAUCCUCAGUUCAAGUACAUCACGCAGUAUUCCAAGAUGUGGAGCGAUCUCCAAGUUAGACUUACAAAGGAGGCUGAUGAACUGAUGAGGGCGCGACUGGACAGCUGGCUGGAGAAGAAGCUCACUCCGCCGCAAGUUUUCAAUAAGCUGGGCUUAACGGGGACGUUUGAGUCUGCGCGUGAGCAUCCAGAUUACAAGUACUUUGAGCAAUAUUCCAAGAUGUGGAGUAAUCUCCAAGUGAGACUUUCGCAGGCAAGUGCGCCUGCGAAGAGUGCUGAAGAUUUAAUGAUCGAGAAACUGUACUACUGGCUGAAGAAGGAACUCAGUCCACCACAAGUUUUUAAGGAAUUGGGACUCACGGGGACGUUUGCUUCGGCUCGCGGGGAACCUAAUCACAAGUACUUUGAGCUAUAUUGUAGAAUGUGGAGUGCUGCUCAAGGAGGGUAG